CAUUGUUCUUCUUGCCACCAUGUCCGACCUCUACGCCGUCGCCGACUUCUGUCUCAUUCCCAUGGGAAUCGGCGAACCUUCGGUAGCAAAGUAUAUCGCAGAGUGCCAGCGUGUCUUAGAGAAGGCUGGAGUCCACUACAAGAUGCAUGGCUAUGGUACCAACAUAGAGGGCCCCUGGUCUGCAGUCAUGCAGGCUAUCCACGACUGUCAUGCUGCAGUCCACGCCAAGGGCGCGCCGCGCAUCGCGACUGACAUCCGCAUCGGCACCCGGACGGACAAGGAAACCGUCCCCGGUACGGGUAACGAAGGAAAGGUCAAGCGCGUCGAGGACAUCCUCGCUCAAGACAAAGCAUAGGGAUCAUAAUCCGAAUGUUAUUCGUAUCUAACAGGGAAUAUAGACCAUGUACCAUGUACACUACUUAUGUAGCGCCACUUCGACGGUCCUGCUU